CACAACCCCUGGGCACUGACUGGUGGCACUGACUGGCAGCACUGCUGGGCUGCACUGGUGGGUGGCACUGGUGGGCAGCACUGGUGGGUGGGCACAGGUGGGUGGCACUGGUGGGCACAGGUGGGUGGGCACAGGUUGGUGGCACUGCUGGGCACAGGUAGGUGGCACUUCUGGGCACAGGUAGGUGGCACUGCAGAGUGGCACAGGUGGGUGCACUGCUGGGCACAGGUGGGUGCACUGCUGGGCAAAGGUGGGCGGAACUUGCGGGUGGCACUGCUG